AGAUAGUCGUCAUCGUCUGCGUCGCACCGAGUGUUAGUGGGCGAGCGAGACCUGAGCUACCGAGCUCAACAUAACCCGAUUCUGAAGAGUGCUACAGCGUUGCUUCCGAAGUAGAAGUUGGAGAAAAGAAGAUGAACACAGACAUCACAGCGUCAACGAAACCCGAGUACCCGGUCAUAGAUCGGAACCCUCCGUUCACCACAGUCGUCGGCAACUUCAGCACCCUCGAUUACUUCCGUUUCGCCACCAUCACCGGCGUCUCCGUUACGGUCGGCUACCUCUCCGGGAUUAAGCCCGGGAUUAGAGGGCCGUCAAUGGUUACAGGAGGUUUGAUUGGGGUAAUGGGCGGAUUCAUGUACGCUUACCAGAACUCGGCGGGACGCCUCAUGGGCUUUUUCCCCAACGACGAUGAGGACAAAACUUCCAUUAAGGAAAACAUCAUAUUCACUGGAGAUCAGUCAGACUUUGACAGUGCUAGUUACGUGAUUUUGCUUAUUGAGUUUUUGAAACUUUUGAGCCUAUGUCUAGUUCAAGAGGAGACGGAAACAGGUGGAGGAUGGUUUUGCAAAACAGCUGAGGGUUAUAGAGUAGGAGCAGAAGGUGCACGUAAGGGUAGGAAAAGAAGCUAAGCACUAGGCUGGGAGCGUUACAGACUGAUUGUUCCCUUCACACGUUUGCUGCAUGAUUUCCUGAUCUGGACAGAGAAUAGAUAAUGAGCUUUAAUUUGGGAGGCUGAUGUUUGGUAUAAGGAAAUGUCAUGUGAAGUGCUUGAAGAUGAUAACCAGUUAAGGCGUCGUUUCUAAUGCAGAUAUUGCUAUUCGAUUGUUAUUUUUUUAACCUAGGCUUGUAUGUGUUCUGUUUGUAUAACUUGUAGCAUGCACAAGCCCAUACUAACAUGUCUUCUCUCUUUGAUUAUUCACCUGUAGUUAUUUGGUUUGGAUGUAUGCAAAGUGAUUAUGUAUGGCUGACUUUAUACAAAGUCCAUAUCCAUGGUGGAGAUUAGGCUUUGUAAUUGUAAAGUUAAAAGCACAAAUAUUUAUAUCCA